AUGAUUAGAAACAAUGAAAUAUUAACAAAGAAUGAUAGACAAAAUUCUCAUCUAGAUUCAUACAGAGCAAAGUUUCAAAUUGCUGGAUAAACCAUUCUUAACGGUGAUUCUUCUUUUACUUAAGAACCUACUAAUAGAAAUAUCUAUGAAAGUAAUUCUUUAAAUUAAAUUUCAUAGCUGAAAAAACUAAUCAUUAGAGCAUUCUUUAAUAAAUAGGAUAUUCAGUUUCUUAAGAAUUGAAUUAAUAAGAAUAUUAAAAAAAAACAAAGGCAAGUCCUGUUUCAACAGAUUUUUAAUCUGCUCUAAAAGUAUCAAUAAAAGAUUCUUAAUAAAUUUCAAUUGUUCCAAGAGGAUAGAGUAUAGAAUUUUUCAAUAAUAAUGAUUAAUUCAUAACUACAUCUGAAAGUCCAUAUAACCCUUAGAAUAUAAGAAAAACAUUUCAAUAUUGUGAUGGGUCUUAUGAAUAUAUAAAUGAUAAUAUUCAAAGUGGUAGUAGUGAUUAUACACCAAAACCAAUAAAAAGUAUGAGUUUGUCAAAUAAGACAAUUUCAACAAAUGAUAUUCCAACAAUGAUUAGGGUAAAAUUUAAAAGAAUAAGAAAAUGCUUUUAGAUAAUUAAAGCACUUUUUAGAAUGAAGACAUUAUGCAAGUAAAUAUAUUAUUUAAAUAAUAGUUAAAAAUAAUCAUCUUGGAAUUUGUAAAUAGAUAUUUUAAAAAGAAAUUAGAAGAUUUUAAAAUAUAAUGAAAGUAUUACAAUAAUAAAAAUAAAAUAAUGGACUUAAAUGGUAUUUUCUAAGAUGAUUUCAAUAAUUCAGUAGAAAAAUUUAGAAAAACAAAAAUUGAAUUUUAUUGUAAAAUUUUAGUAUUAAUAAAAUUUAUAGGAUUAUCCUUAAACAAUGACAUCAGUUGAAAUUGAUUAGGCAAUAGUAUUUAUUUAAAACAGUUUUACUUUUGCAAUGUCAAAUUUAGUAGUUAUGACUACAGGUAAAUAUUUAUUAAAUGAAUUGAAUUUAUAAAUGCAUUAAGAUUAAUAUUUUGAAUAUCGUAAAUAAUUCAAUAAAUUUGUAAGUGAAAGAGCAAAUUAUUUAACUAAAGAAUAUACUUAAAUGAAUGAAUAAGAAAAAUAAUUAGUAUUUUGUGAAUGCAUAAUAAUUCAUAAUUUAAUACCAAGUUUAUUAAAAUUAACAAAUAGUUUGGAAUAAUUAAAAUGUAAUAUACCAAAUAUAGAAUUUUUGAUUAGAUGUAUAAUAUCUCUAUUUUAAUAUUUCUUUAUUAUUCAUUUUUCUGAUUAUCCAAAAAUAGAAAUGAAGAAAUAGAAUAUUAAAUAUACUUAAUAUUAAUUAAUAAAGAAUGGAUCAUAAUUGAUUUUAAAUUAAAAUUAAUAAUUAAAUUCAGAUGAAUUUAUUAAUGGAAUAAUAUAUACAUAAGAAUAAAUGUAAUUAAUAUUAUAGAAAGAGAGUUGGUUUUAAAAGAAUAAAAAAAAAAUGAAUAUAAUUUCGUAAAAUCUUGGUUUUGUAGUUUGA